AUGAAAGAUAGGGUAUUGAAAGCUGAAGAGAAACAAGAUUUUAUCAGCAAGCUUCCUGAUGAAAUCUUGAGCAUCAUAAUUUCUUACCUUCAUGUUGAUGAAGCUGUUAGAUGCAAUGUUCUCUCUACGAGAUGGGAAGGUAUGUGGAAACUAGCUCCACACAUGGAAUUCGAUGCAAAGCACAUGAUCAAGCCAUUAUCCCAGCUUCUUCAUAAGAGGAAAUCUCACAAAGUACCUUGUUUCCAUCCUGAUCCAUCCAAGAACAAACAAGUCUCAAGAGAUGAAAUUUGUAAGCCUGAUUUCUCACCCGGGUUGUUUAGUGGUUUGUGCUCACUUGAAUUGGUUAAUUACACAAUUGAUUCUUGGGCUGCAUUUGAGGGCUGCAUCAACCUCAAGAAUCUUAAAUUGGAGAGGAUUUACUUGAAUGAUAUAAGCCUAAGUGGGAUUUUAGAAGCAUGUAAAGGCUUGGAGAAUUUUAGUUUGGUUGAGUCCACUGGGUUUCAGACACUCAUCAUUGUGAAAUCAAGCCUUAGAGUUUUACAACUCCAAGCUUUAUGUUUGGAUGAGGUAGAAAUUAAUUGCCCCAAUCUUGAAGUGCUGCAGCUUGAUUCUGUAAAAUGUCCACUGCAACAUUUAAUUAUUAAUGCUCCAAGCCUAAGGACUUUUCAUUCUUACUGCUACUCCAUUUUUGCAAGACUUCUUCCCAUUAAUGAAGGUAGAUAUGUUCUGAAAACCCAUGAGAUUCUUGCACACUGCAGCAGUUCUCUUUCGGAAUCUCCAAAUGGUAAUUUCCUUCAAAAUUUGUCAAACAUGUCAAUGGAUUUGAAUUUGAACUGCAUAAGUGAAGUCAUGGAUCUAUCUUUGGUCUUGAGAUUUUGUACCAAUUUACAAACACUGGAAGUUGCUCUGCCGACUUUGACUCAUAAAAACUCUGACCAUGGUAGCUCUGAUGAUUGUGCAACACCAUACCCUAUAUCGAUGCUUUUUGAGUCGUGCCAUUGUAUUCAUAAGAUGCUGAAGUCUGUGUACAUAAGAAGGUUUAGAGGGAAAGAACAUGAAAUGGAAUUUGUGAAGUAUAUAAUAACAAGAGCAACCAUGAUGAAAAAGAUUACAAUAAAAUCAAAGAACUCAAAGAGAGAGGCUGAAAGUUUGCUAUCACUUCCCAAAGCUUCCCGCAAUCUCUGCAUCAAUUUGAAGAUUAAUGUCAAUCCUAUGAAAUAG